CUCCAACAGAGCUCGUCUCGUCCGUUGGGGUCUUGGAGAUGAGGGGUCACGAUCCUCGAAAGAUUUACACGUUACGCAACCGCGCGAGUCUGGACUUCUUAUCUGCCGUAGUGCUGCCCUUGAUAUACUGGCUGGGUGCCCCUAUUUUUUCUUGUCUCCCUGGUGGACUGUCUAAUGCUUCCUUUCUGUCGUCUUCGUCAUCUGCCCUUCGUCACCAUUGCAUCACGCGCCAAUUGUCUUCUCUCUCUUCACAUUCGCGACUUGUCUUGACCUCUUGACCCCCCUCAUACACUCAAGUACUGUUCAAAAUGGAGGGCAAAUCUAACAAGUCAUUCGUCCUCAACAAGGUCAAGGACGUCUCCUUCGAGGACCGCCCCGUGCCCAAGCUCACCUCGCCCAACGACGUGCUCGUCGCCAUCGCAUACACGGGCAUCUGCGGCUCGGACGUCCACUACUGGCAGCAUGGCGGCAUCGGCAAGUUCUCGCUGAACGAGCCCAUGGUCCUGGGCCACGAGUCCGCCGGCGUCAUCGCCCAGGUCGGCGACGCCGUCACCACCCUCAAGGUCGGCGACCGCGUCGCCGUCGAGCCCGGCUACCCCUGCCGCAGGUGCCCCAGCUGCCUGUCGGGCAAGUACAACCUCUGCCCCGGCAUGCAGUUCGCCGCCACCCCGCCCGUCAACGGCACCCUGACCGGCUUCUGGGCCGCCCCCGAGGACUUCUGCUACAAGCUGCCCGACAACAUGUCCCUGCAGGAGGGCGCCCUCAUCGAGCCCCUCGCCGUCGGCGUCCACAUCGCCCGCAUGGCCCAGCUCUACCCCGGCCAGUCCGUCGUCGUCAUGGGCGCCGGCCCCGUCGGCCUGCUCUGCGCCGCCGUCGCAAAGGCCUUUGGCGCCUCCACCGUCGUCAGCGUCGACAUCGUCCCCUCAAAGCUCGAGUUCGCCCGGGACUUCGCCGCCACCCACACCUACCUGUCCCAGCGCAUCCCCGCCGAGGAGAACGCCGACAACAUCAAGCGCGAGUGCGGCCUGCCCGACGGCGCCGACGUCGUCAUCGACGCCACCGGCGCCGAGCCCAGCAUCCAGGCCGCCGUCCACGUCCUCAAGAACGGCGGCCACUACGUCCAGGGCGGCAUGGGCAAGGCCGACAUCACCUUCCCCAUCAUGGCCUUCGCCGUCAAGGAGGCCACCGCCCACGGCUGCUUCCGCUACGGCAGCGGCGACUACAAGCUCGCCGUCGAGCUGGUCGCCAGCGGCAAGAUCGACGCCAAGAAGCUCAUCUCGCAGACCGUGCCCUUUGAGAACGCGCUCGAGGCCUUUGAGAAGGCCAAGGAGGGCCAGGCUAUCAAGAUGCUGAUUGCUGGGCCUAAUCAGAAGAUCUAGGGCUGGGAGGGGUCGGGUUGAGGUUGGGAGUUGGCUGUGGUGUUCCGGAAAAGUCUAAUUAAAGUCAGUCAAGCAUCAUCUUGUCAGUAGUCUAGGGUUAGCGCAAGGUGGAGUAGCAUGCAAUAUCAUCUAAAUUUCGUGUUCAUGUUUAUAUGCUCUCCUUGUUGAAAGUGGUGGGCCAC